AUGGCCGGAGCGGCGCCGGCUCCUGGGCCAGCAGAGUUGCCAACAGGGGUCACCCAGGACCAAGCCCUUGAUUUUCUUGAUAAGCAGGUAAGUUCUGAUCUGGUGCAUAUUUUCCAAGAAUGCGGAAUGCCUUUGGGGUUGCAGUAUCGAUUGGGACAAAACUUCAAAUCAGUGAAGCGAUUCUCGACAUACGCUGACACACGGGGCGAAGUGCGCACUGCUUUGAAAGAUGAUCACCAGUUGGAGGCCACGGACCAGGCGAGCAGAGCUGUCGUUGCAGCAGUGGUUUCAGCCUGGGAGACAUCGCGCGAGGUCGCCAGCAAGGAAACGGAGUUGAGGGCAGAGGCGCGCGUGCUGGGCGUCAGCAGACCAGUGACGCAGACUGAGAAGCAGGCUAUGAGGGUUGCGUAUGAGGCAGCCCACGGGACGCUCGAGGAGGCAUUCGAGCCUUCUGACGACUACAUCUCUGCAAAGCUUGAGGAGGUCGAGAGUGGCGAGAUCACCGCUAGUGCCCUUUCUGAAGUGACAUCCAAGAAGAAGGUGAAGACCAUGGGGAUACAGACGACAGUAGAUACUGGAGGUCAUGUCAGGAUCGUCAAACAGAAGAACAAAGGGGUAAUGCCCUCACAUACAGAAGAGCUGAGAACGGUGCUGAGAGUUGAGGGCAAUAUGUGGACAUUUUUGGCAUCCAAGUACAAGAACAAGAUCUUUUUCCAAGGCAUGGGGCCAGAUGCUUGGCUGGGAUAUGGCCUGCUGGGCUUGAGCUCGCUGCGAUGCGAGCCUGUGAGCUGUGUCAACGCCGACAGCAGCACGGCGGAGAAGUCCCACUUGCAGUUCUUUCGACCAUUCAGGGUGCUGUGCCAGAUGAGUUUGAGGCAUUCAGUUCUUCUGACGCCUUUCAUCCAUUGGUCUUUGAACAUGUGCAACGUCUGCCUGUCCCAGCGGAUCUUCGUGCAUAUCGACUUCAACUACCACUACGCCAUCGACGCCUUCUGUGAGAUGUCUGACCCCGUACAGGAGAUCUGCUCGUCGUGCCGCUCGGGUUCCCCGUUACGUCUGCCGCCGCCCACAAUGGAUGUUCAGCGACCUUUGUCGGAGAUCUUUGCGGAACUCUCCGAUGGUGAGAAGGCUUUUUCGGGCACGAACGUGCUUCUGGCAUGUGACGUUGCUGUUGGCCCCGCUCCGGCCAAGCGUCUGCGGGACGCUGAGACGGUGCCCUUUGCAUUGCGUGGCCUUCAGGUGCAUCGUCAGCUCCAGCCUCGCAAUGAGGAUCAUCGGCGUGCAGCAGUGAUUGCUCGAUACGAGGCUUUGAUUUUUGCCGCUGGACGCAAUUUCGAUUUUCCAGGAUACCAUGGGCAAGGACCUCUUCGUCCUCUGGGGCGCCUUCUUUCUUCGGUCUUCGCCGGCAAGGCCACUGCCACGCUUCUCAAGCACAUCGGGCCGCUGGAGCGUCUUGCCGCUUCAGUUACACCCGAAGCGUGGCUUUGCGAGACGCCUGCUGCUUUGGAACAGGUUGUGUAUGACCAUUUGCUGGCCAUGGAGGUCGAGGGCGCAGCCAUGAGCGCUGGCCAGUCACUCUUGUCUGCCCUUUCUUUCAUGCGCUUCGUGUUCCACAUAUCCUGGUUCGAAGUGGUUACCCAGAGCCCUCGCGUUCGCGGCCAGGCCGUGCAGAUAGAGGUGCAGGCUCCGCCAAAGCCUUCGCGUAAGGCCGAUGCCUUAUUGGUUCGGCAGGUCAAGCAUCUGGAAUCGUUGUGCUUCGAGGCCCCGGCUGAGACGGAGGUGCUGGUGUAUGGGGGGGUGCUUUUCUCCUUGUAUGCUCGAGCUCGUUCUUCUGACAUCAGACGUGCGACUUCUUUCCUGUAUGAAGCUGGCUUCCCGGGCUUCAUUGAAGUUGAAAGCAAAUUUCACAAGACUGCUACAGGGAGAAGGAGACGCCUUCCCCUCCCGCUUGCUGCCCCUUUGACUUCUCUUUCGGGUCUUCAGUGGUGGACUCGUUGGUUGCAAGCUCGCAAUGAUUUCCGCGAUCGCAACAGACUUGACGUUCUUUUGCCCAUCAUUCCCCAACUCAAUCAAGAUGGUGAGGUCCUUCCGGAGCCGGCUUCGAGUGCAGCGGUGACAAGACUUCUCAACGAUGUUUUAGAGAUUCGGCCUGGCCAAAGGGUUUCGAGCCACUCUCUGAAGGUCACUUUGCUUUCAUGGUCAGCGAAGUACGAGAUUGAUGUCCAUGCCAGACGUCUUCUUGGGUACCAUCUCCCUCGUGAUGCUCUUUCGACUGAGAUUUAUGCUCGUCAGUGUCUUGCUGGUCCUCUACGUGCACUUUUCAGAAUGUUGCAGGCAAUAGUUUCGGGCCUCUUCGAUCCUGACUCGACACGCAGUGGCUUUCUUGAUGAUUCGAGGUCAGGAAUUUCCCGCUCUGGACUUUGCUCGCGGCAAGAGAUGGCUGAUCUUGCUCAGCCGCCCGGCUCCGACCCACGAGCGAAUGCCACUAUGCCCAGCGGUGAUCUUCAUGCUUCCGCUUUCGGUGAUCUCUCGGAUGCUUCUUACAUUCCUUCUCCGAUGGCAUCACCUGUCUCGACGCAGAUGGCUUCGUGCGAGUCCGCUCACGACUCUGAACGGGAGUCUUCUUCCGAGUCUGACUCUUCAUCGGACUCGGACUCGAGCGAGGUGGAUGAUGGGGUUACGCCAGUCGUUUCUGAUGAGCACAUGCUGAUCGAUCUUGUACCAGCACAUUUACGCCCACCUUUGCUUGAUGUUGGAGAUGAUUGCUCCGUGAUGGCUUCUUUGGUCAAAUCCACGGCGACCUUCAAGCAGUUUGCAUUGGAUGCGGGGUUGACUGCAGAGCAUGUUCAGUCCUUGACUGAUGCUGGUGUUGACACUUUGGCCAAGCUCUCAUAUGCAGUUUGCUCCCAGCCCGGCAUGCUGGACCAAACGAAGUUUGAUGAGGUUCGAGAUUCCAUCUUCACACGACCUUCAAUGGGCUUGAUCGCUUCCUUUCGCCAGCUCUGCUUUGAGUCCCUUACGUUGACUCUAGCGGGGCUCAAAGCCCAGGUUGAGGCUGUUGAUGAUGGUCCUCGGAAACUGCCGCCUUUCGAGCGAACUGCGCGCAGGGAUGCUUUCAUUCGUGCUUUCCCGGGUUCCCAGCUGAUUGGCGAUCAGGAUCCCUCUCAUGCCCUCAUGGAUGUCUGUGCGACGAUGGCUGAAACUUCUGUGCUGAAGUACAUAGCGCCUUGCAGCUGCACCUCCCGCUCUCAAGAGUUGCUCGCUUGCAAGACGGACAAGCGUGUUCUUGCCCUUGAAGGUUCAUCUUUGUCCGUUAAAGCCAAAGAUCCUGAGCUUUACGCUGACACCAGCUCCGCCCUAGCUCUACGCAAUGCGCUUUUCCGUCGUGGAGUCUGCCUUGAAAUGGCUGGCCUGGCCUCUUUUCUUGAGCAUGACAAGGUUAUGCAGUUGUUCUUGGAGCACUGUUCUCGACCUGUGCCUCCGGGGUACGCGUCCGUUCCUCUCGCUGCUGUUGUCAGGGCUGACGCUGUCAUGUGGGAGCACAUCAUUGCCAAGGUUCGUGCCAGCCUUAAGCCCGAUGACGAAGGUGUCUUGCCGAUUGAUUUGGCUUUGCAGACGUGUUCCGAGCUCGCGGCUGUCCAGUUCCACCUGUUGCCUCUUCCGUCGUCGAAACGACCGGCUGAAGAGUCCAAGCCAAACAGUGGCCCCUCUUCCAAACGCCCGCAUGGCGGAACGCCGCCUCCUCCUCGCCCCGCUCAUGCCCGUCCCAAGGCGCGCGGACAAAAGCGGGCUGCUUCUGAUCGGGUGCCGAAAGCUUUGCAGGGCUUGUCUUCUCGUGAUCGUUCGAACAAGCCCAUUUGCUUCAACUUCAACCUUCCCCAUGGCUGCAAGGCUCUUGCCAAUGCUUUGCACCAACAAAUUCAGCCUUUGGCUGCCUCCGAUUUGUUGCACCUUUUUGACUUAAUUCCAGCCGCCGAGUGCCGCAACAAGAGUUCCUCCUUUGCGCCCUCCUGUUUCCAAGUUGGGGCGUUCCGUUUCAGUGCCAUGCGCGGGUUGCAUCGCGCCACCUUUGCUUUUCCAGCUGUUUCGAAGGUCUUGGCCCGCUAUGUGCGGCAGGUGGCGCCCGGUUUCUGCUUCACCACGCUGCUCAUUGUCGACUCGCUCCGCGCAUCCCCUCAUCGCGAUUCGCAGAAUGAGCCGUCCUGCGACAAUUUGGUGACGGCUUUGUCCAGCUUCCGCGGUGGUGAGAUUUGGAUCGAAGAUCCAGAUGGACAUCACAUGAUCCUGCAUGAAGGCAUCGAGGUCCCGGGGCGUUUGCUCCCUGUUGCCGACGGGCCGGUUCGCUUUCGUGCUCAAUCUCAGUUGCAUUGCACCAUGCCUUGGGACGGCUCCCGUCGUGUGAUCCUCAUUGCCUUCUCCAUUCGAGAUGCAUAUUUGCUUCCAGGUCCUGCAUUUGGCUUCUUGUGUGACCUUGGCUUCUUGUUGCCUUCGAAGUCGGCUCCUGCUGCUUCUCCACCAGCCUUGCCCCAGGCUGCUGCGCAAGUUCCCUUCCACCGGGCUUUGCGACCUGCCCGCGAGGUGCUGUUCCUGGAAGUUUUCGCUGGCCGUGCCCGCCUCAGCGCCGCCUUUGUUGCAGCUGGAUUCAGUGCUCUGAGUUUGGAUCAUGUUCGCUGUUCUGGGGCUGUCCAUAAGAUCACAUUGCUGGAUCUGCGUGAGCCCGCUUGCCAACAGGUCGUCCUUGAUCUGCUGGCUUCCGGGGUUGUGCAUUACUGCCAUUUGGCGCCGCCGUGCGGGACAGCCUCCGCUGCCCGCUCGGUGCCCCGUGCUGGGGGUGCUGCCCCCCUACGGUCACUCCUCCAUCCGUUGGGCCUGCCUCAGCUGAGUGACCGCGACGCCUCCCGUGUUGAGAGCGCAAAUAUCCUCUACCGUUUUUGCGCGCGUGUCAUUCAUGCCUGCGCGUCGCAUGGUGUGCUGUGGAGCUUGGAGAAUCCUGCCUCUAGCCUGUUUUGGCUCAUCCCUGAGAUCACUGCCCUCACCGACCUUCCCGGUUUUCGGGCCUUCUGCUUCCAUACUUGUGCGUUCGUGCCUGCUGGAAGAGGUCGCCGCAAGUGCACGGCUCUUUGGUGCAACUUCGAAGCUUUGCUCCAGCUUCAGCGUUUUUGCGACGGCAUGCACUCUCAUGUGCCUUGGGGUCUUGUGCGUCUGCCCUCUGGGCAUGAGGUCUGGUCCACGUCCUUGGAGGCCCACUACUCGGCUCCUUUGUGCCAAGCCUGGGUGGCUGCUUUCCGUUCUUUUGCCGUUGGCAAGCAGUGCUUGGAACCUCCAGAUCAGUUCAGCAGUGUGGCUGCACAUGAUGACGCCCUGCGUCCCCUCGUCAACAAGUGCAUUCUUGGAGGGCUUCCGCGGGGCCGUGCUGUCGAUGCUUCUGACAUUGCAGUCGUUGGCAUUCCCCGUGUGCCAUCAGAUUUUGUCAAGUGCGCACUUGCUCUCUGCCACCCCGUCGAUGCAAAGAUAGUCCUUGACAUUGCUCUUGAGGAAGCAGUUUCCUUCAUGUGCCGUUCCACCCCUCUGGCUUUGCGCAAGCAUCGGUUGAAGUGGCUUUCCCAUGCCCUUGCCUUAGCGAGGUCUCUGAAGCCUCUGGAUGAAUCGAUGAAGAGCUCCAUGGAUCCUUCUCUGAGGAAGAUUCUUGAGCGGAAGAGGCUCGCUCUCUUCGAUGCGCUUCUUAAGGAAAUCGAUUUUCCUGACCAGGAUCUUGCAAGGGACAUGGCAAAGGGGUCACCGCUCGCUGGGUGGCAGCCUAGGACGCAUGUUUAUCAGGCGCAGGUGAAACCGCCCUCGUUGAGCUUGGAUCAGCUUGCUGCGAUGGCUCCAAUGAUCAACGAUGUCACCUUUCAGAAGACAAGAUCUUCGGGAGACGAUGAAUCGGACCGCGUGCUCUGGCAGACUUCCCUUGACGAGGUUACUGCAGGCUGGGCUUCUGGCCCUCACCCGUUGUCUUCUCUGCCGACAGAUGCUAUCGUUUCAAGGCGUUUUGCCAUCUGGCAGAAGGAGCGAAUCAGAGCAAUAGACGAUCUCAGUGCAAGUUGCAUCAACAGUGCAGUAGGCUUCACUGAACGCCUCCAUGUCGAAGGAGUCGAUGAGAUUGCUGCCCUCAUUUUGAGGUUGCUCAGGAGGUUCGCGUGGGUCGCAGUGCAUGACCCUGCGAAGAAUGAGCCUGCGCUCUUUAAGCUUGCUGUCACCAUUUUGGCUCAAGCCGUGUGCAAGCCAGUGGCGUGGCCACUGGCGGAUGGUGUGUUCCUUGGCCCUGUUAUGAGCGGUUCUGACAGCUCUGAGGAUUUUUCUUCUUCUUCGAGCCACGACCGCGUUUUGAUCCUUGCAGGGCCUCUGCCGCCGUUUCGGCCAGUUUUGUUGCGCCCCAGAGCCUUCUACGACGAUCUGCUGCGUGAUCAGGUUGCCGCUCCCACCGGCCUUUGGUCUUGGGUCGCUGACAGCAAUUUGGUUGCCGUGCUUCUGAGCCAGAGCGAGGGCUCCAGGAUUUUGCUGGCACUUCCUUUCCGCAGCUGGCCCUCGCUGCUCUGCACAGCCAAAGGUCCUAUGAAGUGCAUUUUCAGUGAUGAUGCCGACUUUGCUGUGCAAUCCCCAUCCUUGGAGCCCUUGUUACCGCCAGAGGUGAGCACGCCUGAUCGGCUGGUCGAGUGCUUGGAGCAUGUGACCGACUUGAAGUCAUUCUUUCAGACCACGAUUUCUAAUGUUGCUGACUGCGAUAUUAAUGAGACCCUUGGAAGUUUGCUUCACAUUGCAAUCAAUAAGUUAUGUGUCGUCGUGGAACGGUGCACAGGACAGCCGCCCGACCCUGAGGACAUUGAGGCCAGGACGGGGCUCCGCAGCCCCUACACGUUGAUCAAGAGGGCCAAUUCCCUCCUCGCCUAUCUUCGUUGGGUCGAUGGUCAGCCCCUUGCAAAUCUGUCCUUCUCGGGUGUGUUCCAAGAGACUCUUGUUUGGGAACAUUUUCAGUACUUGAAGAAAGAAAACAAGCCUCCGACCAGCGGUUCGACGUUGCUUUCUGCCAUGCGGUUCUUGCACUACGUCCUUGAGGUGGAUGUGCAGGUAUGCAUUUCUAGCCGGCGCAUCGUCGGUGCCAGUCAGCAGUUGGCUGCUAAGACCCGUUGGCUCAAGCAGGCUCGUGCAUUAACAGUUGAUCAGGUUCGCAAAUUGCAUGAACUUCUCGAAGGCAGCGACGACCCCCUGUUGCGUUGCUUCGCUGCAUAUGCCUUGAUCGCCGUCUAUGGACGAUGUCGGCACUCUGACCUGCAGUGCAUCUGGGACCUGGAGUGCGAUUUCGAUGGUGUUUCGGGCUUUCUGCAGAUUCGAACAGGUCGUCACAAGACCUCGACCACCGCCAAGAAGAAGGCGCAGUUUUUGCAUAUCUUGGUCCCUGCACAGGGAGUGGUCUCUCGUCCCUGGCUGCCUCUUGCAAUCCAGGCGUUUGAAGCUGUUAACCUGUGUUUAAUUGGCAAGAUUGACGGGCCCAUUUUCCGCCCACCCCUUGAUGCUGAGUGCUCUGCCCUCUGUGCUCGCCCCGUGUCCUCGCAAGAAGUGUCCAGGAUGCUUCGUCAAGCCCUCGAUUUGCCUGAGGACUCCGGCGUGUCCUCCCAUUCCCUCAAGGUCACUGGCCUGUCCUGGGCAUCCAAGGCUGGCACGCGCGCUGGCAUGGACCGUGAUACUUGUGCUGUCUUGGGUCGGCAUGCUCGCAAUCAACUCACGACUGAGGUUGUGUACAGCCGUGAUCUCAGCGCGGCCCCGUCGUUGGCCUUUUCUCGCUUGUUGCAUCAGGUUGCUCUUGGGGUGUUCAUGCCAGAUGCUCCUUUACGCGCUUUCUGGAGUGAGUCCUGUGAAGCCUCUCCUGGCCCAGCACCGAUUUUGCCUGUCGUGCGACCCUCCGGAGCCAUCAAAGUUGAAGAUUCCGCCUCCGAAGCCGAGGAGUCUGCGCAUGAGAGUAGUGAGGAUUCCUCUGAUUCUGAGGCCUCCCGAAGCAGCAGCUCGGACAGUGUGACCCAUUCCUCCAGCCCUCCCCUCAGCAAAAAGGCCCGCCGCUUUCUGCCUGAGACACGGGAUGAGUCCGACGUCUGGGUGAUCCACCGUCGUUGUUGCACUUGGUCCGCGGCCAAAGCACUCUUGAUGCGUGCCUUCAAGUUCUUGCAUGCGGACGUGUGCGCUCCGAUGCGUACAGAGUUGCCGAGGAUGCUGACCUGGAUGCGGUCGAGUGUCAAGGUUGCCGGCGAUGCAUUUGACGGUCAACAGCUAGCCGAUGAUCAGUGGCAUACUUGGGUCCAAACCUCCAUCCCCGCCGCAUCAGCCGGGGAAGCUGCGAGUGUACGCCGACUCGUCUUCGAGGCGCAAACACUUACCUUGGCAGAUCUCAAGGACCAGGUUACCAACCCCAGUGCCUCUGCCGCCCGACCCCUUGCAGAAGCAGAGCGCGACAAACGCAUGGCUGCUUUAAAGGCCAAGGUUUCCGGUGUGAUCAUAGAAGGUGAUGCGGAGCCCAGCCGGGCCCUGUUGGAAUUGGCCUGCACCAUGAGUUCGCUGGAUGAGAUAAGGUAUAUCGCCCCUGAGAAAUGCACCUCCCGCUUGAGCGAGGUAGCCCUUGCCAAGCCCCUCGCCCGUGUCGUCGAGCUGGAGCAGCAGCGGCUUGUUCUCAAGGACCAGGAGCUCCCGUGUGACGCCCAAGUUCACAACCCCUUGCUCCUCUCUGCAGCAUUCCGUCGUCGAGGACUGGCGCUGGCAUUUGCAGAUGUGGUUGAUUUUCUUGCACAUGAAAAAUACGUCAAUGAGCUGAUGCGACACCUGACAAACCCCGACGCCCUGCCAGGGGGUGCUUGCCAGCUGCAUCAAGUUGUCGAGGCUGACCGCUUGGUUCAUGUGUGGAUGCUUGAGAAAGGAAUCCGGCCCCGGCGCAAGAGUGACGGAUCCCGCGCCAUGGAUGACGCUCUCUUUGAAGCGCUCUCGUCGUAUCGCGUUUCCUUCGUCUUGAUCCCUCGUGGAAGCACGGCUGCUGGGAGUGGCGGCGGUCGAGGAAGGAAGCGCAAGAAGACCAAAGAUGACAAGGGCAAGAAGGAUGAUAAAGCUGAGAAGAUUCCCCCUGCGCCCAAGGACCCGCCUGCUCGCCCCCCGAAAGGUCCAGGCAAAGGUGCUGCCAACCGUGCGGCUGUUCCCAAGGCCAUUCUCGACAAGGGUGGCAAAGCCCAAACGCCCCAUGGCAAAGCCAUCUGCUACGGGUUCAGCCUUGGGGAGUGCCGGGUGGCCAACUGCCCCCGUGCCCAUGCCAACCUGUUCUGGAAGUUCGCGAACGGGCUAAUCUUUCUCCUGCAUACAGGUCACCUGGCUCUGCAAGUGACCUGCCACCCCAACCCGCCUGCUGUGGCUCUUGACUUACGUGAACAGCCUUCGCCCUGCCAGUGGGUCGUGGACGUGGCUCGUGCGGAGCAUCUUGCCCGUGCCUCUGUCAACAGCCCUUCGCUUGAAGCUGCCCGGCGCAUUCUUUGCCUGCUUCCCUCUGAGGUCCCCGCACGGGGCCAAGCGCAUAGUGCCUCUCACUCCUGGACCUGCGGCAUGUGGACCUGGGGUGCCCGUGCGGGCGUUCGCGGCUUCACGAAACGUUUCCCCGCUGUGACACGUUUCUUUUGUGCUCUACUUCGCCAGCACUUCCCUGGCCACGCAUUCACGAAUGCUGCUGUGUUCACAAACCUGCGCGCGGAACCGCACGUUGACUCCUGCAACGUGCCUGGUUUCCCCAACCUGCUUCUGCCACUCAGCCUUUUCCGGGACGGCGACGUCUGGCAAGAAUCUCCAGUUGGCGGUGUUCCGCUGGCAGGGCACGAUGCCCUGGGCAUACGGCUCCGCGUCAGUUUGGGGCCCCAGACCUUAGACGCCAGCCGCCUGCAUGCCACACUCCCUUGGAAAGGCGUUGGGUGUUUGCUUGUGGGAUAUUGCCUUCAGGGUUGGGAGCGGCUGUCCGAGAAGGAACGACAGGAACUCCUUAGUUUGGGUUUCCUUAAUCCCGGUUCCCUAGUCCAGCCUGCCCCUGUGCGGCCCCUCACGCCCCCCACCCCGCCUUUAAUUUUGGAGUUAUUCUCCGGGUCUGGUCGCGUCACUGCGGCCCUGCGUGCACUUGGUUUUGAGGCUGUUGCCAUUGACAAGGUCAAGAGCGUUGGGUGUGCCGCCCCGCCCUGGGUGCUCGAUGUCUCUACGCCAGACGGCCUUGCCCAGCUGCUCCAACUUGUGCAAAACCCGCGCGUCUUGGGGUUGUUCGCCGCUCCGGCUUGUGGCACGUGUUCUCUGGCCCGUGGCAUUCCGUGCUGGGACAGCCAGGGCAAUCCGGUGCCUGUGCCCCGGCCUCUGCGGUCAGACCGUCACCCGGACGGUAUGCCCGACCUCCCCCCCGGUGAUGCUCGCCGUGUGCGCCUUGCAAACGAAAGCUACCUGGCGCUUCGACAGGCCGUGCGCCUGGGUGUGCAGCGUGGCAUCUUGAUUGCUGUGGAGAAUCCGCGGUCAUCCUUGUUUUGGAAGACUUCCUUUUGGCGCGACGUGGCUCAUGCUUUUCGCUAUGUGGAUCACCAGGCGUGCGCCUAUGGUGGCGACCGCCCCAAGUUCACCCGGAUUGCCUACACGCACCCUUCUUUCGAGUCCUUGUGCAAGCUGUGUCCCGGCUGCCCUGCGCAUGCGUCUUGGGGUGUCGACCCCGCGGCCCCCAACGGUUUCGCCACCAGUCGGGAGACCGCCUACCCUCGUCCCUUGGCUCAUGCCAUUGCGCAGUGCUUCGCGAGUGCCCUUCCCACUGUCGAGCCGCCGGGCCUCCAGCUUCCGGCGUUACGCAGCCUGGCUGGACUUCAACCAAAAGCUAGCAAGGUGCCAGCCUUGGUCCCGGAGUACAAGACCACUUGCGUGGUCCGGGGGCCUGCCGCCAGCCUGGUCCCGCCUUGCCAACCCAUGCAACGCCUCGAGCAGGCUUGGCCGGUGCCUGCGGAUUGUCAAUGCAGCUUGAAGGUCAUACCUCCCUAUGCUCAGUUGCUGCGUCUCAGUCCGGUUAAAAUGGGAAAGCAGGAUGAGGAAACUCGUAGGCAUGUUGAAUUGGCGUGGGGCAUUCCGUGGUCGCCAAGUGAAUUCAUUCAGUGUGCUUGCAAAGCUGUCCACCCUGUGGCCCAAGAAGCACAAUUACCCAGCGAACUUCUUCAAGCCGUCGAAGUGAAUUGCAAUGCGACGACAGCGUCGGCCCUUGAAGGGAAGCGCACAGCUUGGUUUGAAAAAUGGUUCAAACGGUGCUUGGAACUCAGGACAGACGAAUGCAAACUCAAGGAUGGCAUGCAUCCCGACGUCCGAGGCAUCCUUGAACCUAAAAACCUUCUUGUCUGGCGCGAAAUCUUAGAUGACCUCAACUACCCUGACAAAACUGUCAUCGAGGAGGUGAUUUCAGGGACCGUGUUGACUGGUGAAGUUCCGAGUACUGGGCUAUUCAACCCUGUUUUCAAACCCGCGGCAAUGUCCGAGGACUUGUUGCGAGACACCGCCGAUGAGGGCAGGUCCACCAAUGAGCCACUCUUGGGUCGUACCCAUGAUUUGAAAGCAGCAUAUCGACAGCUGGCGGUGUCCCAGAGUUCCGCUUGGUGCUCGUACGUUUGCAUCUGGGACCAUGAGCGUGCCGCCCCCGUGUGCUUCAGGCUCAAAGCGUUGCCUUUCGGCGCGUGCAGAAGCGUUUAUUCGUUUCUGCGCGUAGUGCAUAGCAUCUGGUUCAUAGGGACUGUUGGGUUAAGCCUCCCUUGGGUUUGCUAUUUCGAUGACUUCAUCACGAUUUGUUCGGGCAGCCUCGCACACAGCACUGACGAUACCAUCAAGCGCUUAUUCAAGCUCCUGGGCUGGACACUGUCCAGUGACGGAAAGAAGGACUUGCCGUUCAGGAGGUCUUUCGAAGCUCUUGGCAUCGUCGUCGAUUUAGAGGAGAGCGCGAACAAAGUUGUGAAGUUUGCAAACACCCCAUCCAGGGUGAGCGAACUCUGUGGGUCCAUUGGCGACAUACUCGACGCUGGUUCCCUCAAACAGCCUCUGGCCUUGAGGUUCAGGAAGAUGCUUCUGGAGCACAAACCCAGAGUCUUGAACGGAUAUUUGCGGGAAAAAUUCGUCAUCUUCACGGACGCCUGCUUCGACCCAGAGGCAUCGGACUGGGCGUGUGGUAUUGGUGGCCUGCUGUUCUCUGACAGAGGUAAACUCCUAGGUGCCUUUUCCGAGCAACUUGAGCGCUGGCAGAUUGAAGCAUUGACCGAGGGCUUUCGUAAGACGGUCAUUUUUGAAGCUGAACUUUUGGCAGUUAUCGUUUCGCAGCUUGUAUGGGGACACGUCAUCAGACAUGCACCUGUGCUGUGGUUCGUUGAUAACAAUGCCUCCCGCGACAUCGCGAUUUCAGGCUGCACGAGGUCUGACAAUGCACAAGCGCUUCUAAAUGUCUUGCUGGAGAGCGAGGAGCAGUUCGAUGUCAAAGCAUGGUACGCCAGGGUUCCUUCUCCGUCUAACCCUGCUGACCAUCCCUCUCGAACAAAGCUGGAGUCCUACGUUCAUGGUAAGCUUGAGUGGAGCACGAACCUUUUGGCAUUGCCAUUCGGGGGUUCCUUCUCAGUCUGCUCAUUCUUGAGGGCGGCUGAGGGUGUCAAGCGGCUGGGAAUCAAGGCAGCAAGCCUUGUUUGGACCUCCUUCUUUGAUGACUAUGUCGCUUUCUGUUUGGAUGGGGACGAGGAGCACUCCGAGAAAUUCAUUUCUUCCUACUUUGAUCUUCUUGGUUGGGAAGUCUCGCGAGAUGAGGCGAAGUCUGCAGGUUUCAGUUCGGUUCUUGAUGUGUUGGGUGUUCGUUUUGACCUCAACGGUUUUCGCAACGGCUCCUUCACAGUUGGGAACACCCCGAAGAGGAUUGAAGAAUUGACAAGGACCAUUGAUGAGGUUCUAACCUCCGAUUCUCUAAGCGCAAAGGGCGCCCAAAGGUUGAGGUCACGUUUGAAUUUUGCUGAAGCUCAAGUUGCAGGACGUCUUGCGAACACUGCUCUUAGAGCUAUUGGGACUCAGGCUCUUCCUGGCGCCACCCCCUCCCCGCUGCCUCAGCACGUGAGGCGUGCGCUCCAGGGAAAUGCUCCCCCAAGAUGCAUCUCGGACUGCGCCGGGCGUCCGCUUGUUGUCUUCACUGAUGGUUCAUGUACGCCUGUGGAAGGUUCGAGCUUGCCAUCUUGUGGACUCGGUGCUGUGAUUUUCGACGGCGCUGAGCGCCCCUCAGCUUUCUUGAGCGAACUCGUCCCCCCAGAUGAGGUCGAGCGAUGGUGUGAGCUGGAGGCCAAAUCUCAGCUCGUCUUUGAGGCCGAGCUUCUUCCAUACCUCCUGUGCCUCUCCACGGUGCCAGAACUCUUUGCGAGGAGGAAAGUCAUCCUCUUCUUAGACAGCGAUCCGGCGCGUCACUCCUUCAUCAACGGCUUUGCAACGAGUCCUGUUGCUUCAUGCAUUGUGAGUGACGCAGUCCACUUGGAAGACAGGCUCUCUGUCAAGCCAUAUUUCUCAAGAGUUCCGACCGCUUCGAAUCCUGCUGACGAUCCCUCGAGAGGUGAGUUCGAGUUUCUGACACGACUUGGCGUGAGACGCUUGAGGCCUUCUCGCGAGGUCCCGGUCACCGGGAAGGGCGGGAAGAUGGAUCAAAUCCCAUUGAAACCGCCAUGGGUGGUGAUCCUCAACUAUGAAUACGAGUUGAGGAAAGAAGCGAUCAAGAGAGCCUUUCGUGAUUCCCGCCCCCUGCGCGAGACCCUUCGGGAGGUGACAGAUGAUGCACAGUUGAAAGAACAGUAUUUCACAGCUCCCAUAGCGCUGCAAAACAGAGGAAAGCGUGGCAGUGAUCAAUGGGAUGGCCAGCACGAUGAUGGAAAAUGGCACCGGGACACCUGGCGAAAAGGAGCUGGCUGGGGCAAAGGCACACCGCGCAAAGGAGAUGACAAAGGACGUGGCGAUCAAAAGGGCAAGGACAAGAAAGGAAAGGACCCAAAGGGUCCUGGCAAAGGGAAGCGUGAGAGCGUCACCACCACUCGAACGCCAGACGGGAGGUGGAUCUGCUUUGACUACUCCGGGCCAGGAUGUGAUGGAAACUGCGGCAUGGUACACUGCUGCAUGGUCAAAGGAUGCCACGGGCCACAUCCUACGUGGCAACAUUGGCAACAGCAUCACUCUGGCAAGACAACGGAUGCUCCGAAGCACUGA